AGAGAGAGAGGGAAUAGAAAGAGAGAGACAGAGAGAGAGAGAGAGAGAGAAAAGAGUGGCCCAGUAGAUCGAAAUCUCCUGCUUUUUUUCCUUCAACCUGAUGACGAUCUAAGCUUCUUUAAUGGUGUUAACAAAACACCCACUUUGUUGUUCUAGCUGUAUUUAUUACUGUGUAUUUUUUGUUGUUGUUGUAAAGCUUUAAUCUUUGUUGAUACUCUGGGAAGUUUGGAAGCUGUGAAUUAUCUAUGAUGGGGAAGUAUAGCAGCUAAAUCCAUAGGAGAAUCUUGAAGGAGAGGUGAUUAGAGGAUGUGGGUCUGAGGAAUGGGAACAAAAGUGCAGUCUAAAAGCUAUUUGCCAGGAUAUUACUCAAUGAGGGAUCUCAACGAGGAUUCUAACAGUUGUAGCUGGCCACUUUAUUAUGGGGAUAAAACCUUGACUAAUGGUCAGUAUUACAAUGGCUUUUUCCCAAGGGCCAUUGCGGAUGCAUAUCCUGGUUAUGAUAAGGAUGCAUUGAAGCGAACGAUGCUUGAGCAUGAGGCUAUAUUUAAGAAUCAGGUGUCUGAGCUCCAUCGCUUGUACAGAAUACAAAGGGACUUGAUGGAUGAAAUUAAAAAGAAAGAAUUACAAAAAAGUCGGAUUCCUAUUGAACCGUCAUUAUCAUCAAGCCCCUUAGCCUCCCAAAUUACAACUGAAGAUCCUCACAAAUGGCAUAUCCCCAGCUUCCCUGUGGCAAACUCUGUUUGUGCUAGACCAUCUAUAUCUGGUGUUGCAGAUAGUCAUUCUCCUCUGAGUUCGGUGAAAGGAAGCAGCAUCCAGGCUGGUCCUUUUCAGCCUCAAAAUGGAGGUAAUUCAAAGGAUGUUGAGGUGCUGGAGUGCAGACCCACGAAAGUGAGAAGGAAAAUGUUUGAUCUUCAACUUCCGGCAGAUGAAUACAUUGAUACUGAAGAAGCAGAACAGUUCAGGGAUGACACAGCAUCUGGCAUGUCAAGUUAUCUUCCGAAUGGAAAUGGGAAAAUUGGACCUGAGAGUGGUGGAAAGCUACUUCAUGGUGAUGUUGGGAAGACUGGUCAACAAGGAGAUGCUUCAAGAUCUGAUCAAUGUUUGAGGGGCACAAAUAGUUUGGCCGACUUGAAUGAGCCUGUUCAGAUUGAAGAAACAAAUGGUUCUGCAUAUCCUGAACUUCUAGGCCAUGACCCCUAUCAUGGAGGCCGUGAACUGCCUGCAAAACCAAAGCAAGAGCUUCUUGGUUUGCCUAAAGGCAUUUCUGUGAAUUUUCAUCACCAAAGUGAUAACAGGUCCAUAAAUACAAUACAUUUUGAGAACAAUGGAAAUGCUAGAGGAUUCUUUUCCCAUGUGUUUGAAGCAGGGCACACAAAAAGCAACUCUAUGUCUGUUUCUCAAGGUUUUCAGCCGGAGAAGUUGCCUGUAUCUUCCCAGCAGGCACAGGUUCUUUUUGACAAAGCUCAUGAUCCUCCAACCUUUUUGCUAACCGAUCAAAGCAAGGCAGAUCUCUCAAGAGACAGAAUGCUCCAUUGUUUAGAAGUUCCUGAAAGAAAUCGUGAAAUCUCCAAUAACAGUCAUCCAGAGUCAAUCAUGACUUCUAAUGUACCUAGUUUGAAUCCAUUUGCUUCUUCUGAUAUGGUAAAGCCAUGGUCUCAUUCAGUUUCUUCUUGGGAAAAGCCUUCCAGUAGCUUAAGCCAGAAGUCAAUAUCAGUUCAGACUCCCCCAUAUUUGAAUUCAUCUGGUCCUUUUAGUAAGAGUUCUGUGAUAUCACCCCAGAGCAAUGGGAUUUUUGGUGAGAAGUGGCAGGUGAGUAGCAAUUCUAGACUUAACCCAGGUUUUGGAAGUGAAUUGCCUAAUCGAAAUGGUUUUUAUUAUGGAUCCUCAUCUGCGUCCAAGGAAACUGGAAUUCGCUUCCCUUCAAUCAGUUAUGAAUAUCUGAACUGUAGUAAUGAUAGUAAGGGGGCCUCUGAGCAAUUCCCUACUCAUGGUUCGACUAAGCCAUACAACUGCUCAAAUAGUGUUGAUAUGAAGUCUACAAAUGAUGUGAAUUUGAAUGUGGUGCUUUCAAACAGUUCAUCUAAUGAGCCAGUCUCGCAACGGGGUCCUCAAAUAGACGGAGGAAGAAAGCAUGAGGACCGUCUUCCAGGGUUGCCAUGGCUACGAGCCAAGCCUGCUUGUAAGAAUGAGGCCACAAGUGCAGGAAGGGAUUUGAAUGUUGGAGAGUUGAGCUUCUCCCAGUCCUCUCCAAAGCAUUCAACUAAUAAAAAUGAGACUGGAAAUUGUUUCAGUCAAAUUUUUACACAGAAUAUGAAGUCAGUUUCAUUCUCCAAUAAUGUCGAGGCCAGCAGAAGUGAAAUAAGUGAAUGCCUGCAUAAUAAAAAGAUUCUAGGGAUUCCCAUUUUUGAUAAGCCUUAUGUUUCUAAGAAUGAGUCAUCUUACACCUCCCCCUAUGUGUCUGUUCCUCAACCAUCUGAAGGUGAAGCAGAAAAUAAGGGGAGAAAUAGGUUACUUGAUAUUAACUUACCGUGUGAUGUGAAUGUUCCUGAUGUGAGCCAAGACGUUGUUGCAGAGGAUUCAGCCACAGAGAAGGAACCAGAUACAAAAUUAUCAAGUUUCAGACAUCAAAUUGACUUGAACUCCUGUGUUACUGAGGAUGAAGCUUCUUUUGUAGCCUCUGUUCCAAUUACCUGUGUGAAGAUGACUGGAGGGAUAGAUUUGGAAGCUCCACUAGUUCCUGAGCCUGAAGAUGUCAUUCAUGGAGAAGAAUUACUGGAAAAGGCACGCGAAUUACCCUUGCAAUCAGCACAAAGCAAAGAUGACUUCCUGCAGGAUGAACUUAUCAAGAGUGCAGCUGAGGCAAUAGUUGCCAUCUCAUCAUCUGGUGAGUACAGUCAUUUUGAUGAUGUCAAUCGCUAUUCAUCUGAAACUUCUAUGACAGACCCCCUUAAUUGGUUUGUCGAGACGAUUUCCUCUUUUGGUGAGGAUCUUGAGAGCAAGUUUGAGGCUCUUUUGAGAGGUAAAGAUGGGGAUCGAGAUGAAUCUUCCUCAGAAGAGAUUGAUUACUUUGAAUCAAUGAUUCUGAAUUUAGAAGAAACCAAGGAAGAGGAUUAUAUGCCCAAGCCUCUAGUUCCUGAAAACUUUAAAGUGGAAGAAACAGGAACUACCUCUUUGCUAACACCUAGAACUCGAAAGGGCCAGGGAAGGCGGGGAAGGCAGCGGAGGGACUUCCAAAGGGACAUCCUUCCAGGCCUUGCUUCCCUAUCAAGGCAUGAGGUAACAGAAGAUCUUCAGACAUUUGGAGGGCUUAUGAGAGCAACAGGUCAUUCAUGGCAUUCAGGAUUGACAAGAAGAAACUCUACUAGAAAUGGGUGUGGCAGGGGGAGGCGACGGUCAGUAACUAGCCCCUCUCCUGCUUUGGCAGCUGCCACAACUUGCGCGCCAUUGAUGCAGCAGCUAAAUAAUAUUGAAGUGGGGCUGGAGGAUAGAAGCCUUACCGGAUGGGGAAAGACAACUAGACGGCCUCGCAGGCAAAGAUGUCCCGCAGGUAAUCCUCCAUCUCUUGCAUUAACCUAAUUACAAGAACAGGCUUUAAUGUAUUAAUUGAGGAUACUAUAGAGGGAACUAGGACAUUGUUGCUUCAUCGGCUUUGAGAAGUGAGGUUAUCAUGAUCCUUGGGGAUUGCCUUUGUACAUUUCUUAGCCUGAAAUUUGGCUACACUUGGUUGGCUGUCUUUGGGUGGUUACGAACAACUUGUAUUAUUCAUAAAUAAUGUUGCAUGAUUUCUUCCAAGAUAUAUGACAGCAUUCCUUCAGUUUGUGAAAA